AUGUAUAUUAUAUCCCUCAUAGAGCGCCUAGACCUAAGGGUAUCAGUGUCGAAGACAGAGGUGGUAAUGUUUGGGGCGAGUGAGGUCCCGGAUGGCGCCGGAAUCCGAAUAGGAGACGCGAACGUCCCGAUUGGGUCCACCGUGAAAUACCUGGGACUCACCCUGAACUCGCGGUGGACCUUUAGGGAGCACUUUCGAAGGUUGCUACCUAAGGCAAAGAAAAUGGCGGCGGCCAUAAGCCGACUAACAAAUAUAGGCGGACCGGGCGAGAGAAGAAGGAGGAUGUACGCGUCUGUGGUCAUGUCGGUGAUCCAAUAUGGGUUGCCGAUAUGGGCACAGACGGUGGCGAGGGACCGAUCGAUCAUUCGGGACGUCGGCCGCCUGGAGCGGCAAUUGGCCCUCAGAGUGACGCGGGCAUAUAGGACGAUCUCAUACGAUGCUGCGGCUCUACUAUCUCGGAUAGUGCCCAUCGUGUACAAUAGCAAUAGGCAUAGAAGGGCAUACUUACGCAGACGUGCAAUUAUUGAAAGGGACGGAUAUAUAACGCCGAGAGUACGCGACGAUAUUACGGAGCAGGACGAAAGACGAGCAAUAAAUAGGCGGUCUCGCGGAUACCCGGGAGAAGCGGUUCGUGGGGUGGCGCUUCUCGAUUUCGAGUCCUGGAUGAGUAGAGCACAUGGUAGUAUCUCGUACAGGAUGACUCAGAUAAUUACCGGCCACGGUUGCUUUGAGUCAUACCUGUGCGGGAUAAAUAGAAGGAAUUCGCCUUUGUGCAGAUACUGCAGAGCAACAUCUGACACAAAUGUGCACACGCUCUUGUUCUACUCCUUUUGGGCAGAAGAACGAAGGGAAAUGCUACAAAGGAUGAAAGAUCCUACAAUGCAAUUAUAG